AUGACCACCACUAGAUCCGGUGCCAAAGUUGAGCCGACUUCGAAGAACAAAAACGGAGCUGGGGUUGGCUCCAAGCACCAACUAAAUACGAAGGCAUUGCCAGGAUCUAAACGCACUAAAAAUGUUGGCGACAAGAAACAGCAAACCAUAGAGAUACCAUUCCAAGUCAGUCCCGCUGAAGCGUACGGCGGCGGUACAAGCCAGCCACCAGCUAAUGAGAAUAAUAUAGAUGGUAAAAAUGAGGCCAUCCAAGAAGAAAUGGGUCAAAGGGGCUCGGCCGAGCAAGUAGGGGCGAGAGAAGGAGUCGUCCCGUCCAACAUCUUGGAGAAGGGUAUCGUAUACUUCUUCAUCCGCGGCAGGGUAGGUAUCGACGAGCCUAGCAGCAUUGGUGACAUUCGCCGCAGUUACAUCAUCCUGCGCCCUCUAGCUAAGGACGCCAAGCUUGGCGAAGGCACGAUCGACGACGCUGGGAAUAGUCGCUUGAUCGCUAUUCCAAAGAAGGUAUUGCCCUUGAGCGGUAAGGAUAGGUGGAUCGCGUUCGUCGAGAAGUCACAUACCUCUUUUGAGACGUUAAAGGAUGAAUUCAUAUCUGCGUCGGACUACAACACUAAGACGGCCGGUGUUCGACACACGCCUGCAGCUACCCCCGUAGCGGAAGGCAUAUACGCAAUUACGAGUACCGGCCGGGAAUCCCAUCUCGCUUACAUGGUAACUUUACCGGAUGAUCUUGGUGAGGUGCAGAAGGAAAUUGGACUAAUGGAGAAAGGAAGCUUCAUUAUAAGCACCAGAAAUCCUCAGUAUGAGCCUCCGAAGGGCACUGCCCUCCCCCGAGCUUCCGAAUACUCAAAGGAGUUGCAAGAUCGAUUCCGCGCCCUACGAUGGAUCGCUACGCAGCCUAAGCAUCUCGACUAUGUAGACACUCAAGUUUUGCUAAUUGGCGAAUCGAGCGGUAUUCAAAAGGCCACUGAGCCGCAGAAGGGUCGGAAAGACGGUCAAGAGGACCCCAGCCUACCGGGCGACGACUCGGCGGCCAUCUUCGGGGACUUGCACGUUCGUGCUCAGGAUUAUCCCAAACUCCAAACUACGUUUUAA